CAUACAGCCAUUCGCCUCCCUGCCAGUGCCUGCCAUCAACACAAGACACAGCACCCGUAGCACCGCCAACUAGCACUCGCUAAAGCAAACAAAAUGGGCGGCGGCAUCAUAGACGACGAGACCAAGCAGGAGCUGUCGCGCCUGAUGCUGGGCCGCUCCUACGACGAGCUCCUGCCGCACGAGAAGGGCAUGGUGCUGGGCGCAGCCAAGAAGCAGCAGGGGCGUGAGGCCGAGUCGCACGGGCGGAGCGAGCCGCCGCCCAGCUCCCGGCCGCAGCACAUGGGCAAGAUCAUCCGCUGAUGAACUAUUCGCCGGUACCUUCCCCAGCUGCCCGUGUCUCGCCAGGCUGUAGCUGAAGCUGUAGCUGUGAUACUUAGCAUCUGUUAUUGAUGCGGAAUGGGUCUGCGCCUAGCUGCACACGUAGUCUGCGCAGGGACUUGCAUGCGGGAGUGGUGUGGCGCUGGCGGCUCAGGCAGCUAGCUCGGUAGCGUGACGGCUGCGGCUUCGAGUGAAGUGGCAUCACAGCAUGAGAUUGGAUUUGAGGCCGUGGGCGCGGUGCGUGUUCCGAGCUUAUGUGAACAUAGUGCAGUGGCUACAUUAGCGUCGUCGUCAGGCCAGUGCAAGGACAAAUAGUUGCGGCGCGCGGUUGGUGGGUCACACGUGAUGCGUGUGAGUUGGUGAGUUGGUGGGCUUGCUUACGAG